UGUUCAGAAAAAAUUCAGCUUUUGGUAUUUAAUAGUAAAAAUUUUUCAUCCUAUAUUAUUAAAUUGAGAAAGACAAAAUAGAAAAUAUUUUAUAAAAAAACUAUUGUGAAUCAGUAUUGUAAUUGAGUGAAAUUGAAUAAUUAAUAUAUUUUAUUAGCAAUUUUAUAAUUAUGGUGCUAACAGACACAAAAUUAGUAGAUAAUUAUUACAAUAAUGAAUCAAUUACUCAGGACAGUAAUUCAGAAAGUAUUACAAUAAAAAAUAUCGAGGAUGGUGAGAUAAUAACAUAUAGUUUGAUAUUAAUUCGAGGAAAAGUAUCAAUACCAUGUACUUAUAUGAAUGUUCGUGGUACUCAUAAAAAUAUUGUGAAUAAAUGGCCGAUAAUAGCUGGAGAAUUUCGUAUUUUAGUAGAUCUCGUACGAGGAAUAAAUAAAUUAGAGUUAGAAGCUAAUGGAAUAAUCAAACGAUUAAUAUUAAUACAUGAGCCAAGAUCAACAACAUUUCGAGUGGCACCAGUUUAUGUUAUUUGUGCUGGUCAUGAUGGAUAUUUUCAAGGUCCAAUAAACGAAGAUAAAUCACCAGAAAGUGCAGCAACUAGAAUUGGAUUAGGAGCUCGACUAUUGCAAUCGUUAACUGCAGAAAAAUUAAGAGAAGCUGGACAUGGACGGAAAACUUUUCAAUUAGAACGAGAUCUUGAUGGUCCUGAAUGUUUAGUAAUGCAUAGCAUGCUUCAUGUUGAUAGUGCUAGAGCAAUGAACCAACGAGAAUUAUGGGAGUUUGUUGGUCGUGAACUCAUGACAGGCCCUCUUGCUUCGAAAGACCGAAAAUAUUUAGCUUUUCUUUCUUGCACAAAAUAUCGAGGUGCUCCUAGUCCAAGGACUCAUGAAGCAACUUUAGCUAGUACUCAAGGACAUGCUGCUCUUGGGGGUGGUGGUUUAGCUCUUUUCGGUUCAGCAUGCCUUCAUACAUGGCCAACAUCUCUUAAUCAAGUAUUAAAUAAGUUUUUAGAUACAUCAAUAAUUGAUACUGAUCAAUUGAUGGAUGAUAGUAAUUAUCGAGGUACUCAUGGAGGUUGUUUAGCCACAACCCUUGGAUCAGUUCUUCAUGAACUUGGUCAUACAUUUGAUUUAGGCCAUACACGUGAAGGAAUUAUGGGUCGUGGAUUUAACUAUGUCGAUCAUGUUUUUGUUGGUAAAGAAGCUGUUACUAUCAACAAUAAUUCUAACAAUAUAAGACAAGAUCCACAACAUACUACUGUUACUCUUAGCAAACCUUUAAGUGUUACAGUAACUAUUGAUCAUAAUGGAGUAAGUUCUAGAAGAGGACGAUUAAUGUCAGAAACUACUACUAAAAUGAAUGAUAAUUUUAUUGAUAAAAAUCUAGUUGGACGAAUGUCAGCACCUGCAAGUCCUGUAAUACAUAAAUCGUUUUCUCAUAGUUUGACCGUUGAAGUUGAUUCUGAAUCUUUGCUAUGUGAUAAAAUUUUUUGGGGGCCUUCAUGUGCAACAAUUCUCGCCUAUCAUCGAUGGUUUAAUAACACACUUGAUAAUAAUAAUCGUGUACAUCGAAAUACUAAUGAAAUCAAGUAUAAUAUUAAACGAAAUGUUGUAAGAUCAUGUUAUGGAAUACGCAUUAUUGAACUGAGAGAACUAUCUAAUGGAAUGGUUUUGAAUUAUCGGCAAUUUCCUGGACCACGACCUCCAACAGAAGCUCUCGUUCCACUUCCGUCAUCAUUUCAUUGUUAUAUUUCUCUGACAUUGUUUGCUGAGGACUCAGCAGGUAAUAUACUUAAAUCCCCACUUCCAACUGCUUUUUAAAUAUUGCAAUCAAUUUACAAAUUUAUUUACCUCAUCGUAAACUUUACGUAUCGGACAUAAUUAAGCUUGCCUUGAAAUUAAACCUCAGCCUCGCUAUAGCAAUAUAUUGCUUUAAAAUUUUAUAUAGUAAAGGCAAUACUCAAAACCAUCAAUAAUGGAAUUCAUUCUACUUAAAUAGAGUUAAACUUUUUAUUGAUUGUGUUGGUAAGAAAAAUUUAUUUUAUAAAAUAUGUUUUUGUAAGUUUUUUUUAUAGUAUAUUUAUGUAGAAAAAAAUUAAUUCUUAUAUAACGGUGCAAAUAAAUAAGUAUAUGCGACAAUAUAUAUAAUUGGA